AUGGGCAGUUACCUGAGCCGGAAUCGCCCUCGGCUGCCGUCCUCUCCUCUGCUGAGUGGGGACCAGACCGAGACAACUGAGAGCCUCAGGCCCGCGCCCGCGCACCCCGCCCGCGGUGUUCCCCAGGCUGGCCGGGUUCACUUGGCAGCCCCGACCCUGGACGUAGCUCGCAGGCUGUCAUACGAGGAUCUUGUGGCUUCACCACGUCGUCGGCGGUGGAGACAUCGUCGGCGGUUUGCCAUAAUCCAUCAGCGGCAAUAUCCAAUCCAGCAUGCCCGGUGUUUAUUUCUGGGGGUCUUUUCCUCUGUGCCCCAGACCGGCCAUCCGAAGCCAGUGCUGUCUGCUUGCAGCUCCCAGAUGUUCUGCACCUCGGUGAUCCUGAAGAUGGCAUCGGCUAAGGGCAAACUGACCCUCCGUUUGGCUCUGAAGCAGACAGUCAUCUGUAUGUGGUCUUCACUGUCGGGUCACCUCCCAAAUCUGUGUGUAAGGGAGACCUUGGUGAGGGCCCUCGAAGAGAAUGGUCAAGCGAGAGCCAAGGCAGAGAAGGACCUGACCUCCCUGGUCGAGAGCAGGGAAGGGCUGGCAAGGUCAGAGGAAGGGUACCCGGUCCCCGAGAGGCAGGAUGAUUUGAGAAGGGGCGCCGAGGGCAGCCGGAGCGUGCAGUCAGCGUUCAAGCGGCUGAUGGUCAAUGGAGUCCUCUCUUCCUUCGUGCCCAGGCCUGGGCCUCUGAAGAGAGACUUCUGUUCCACGAGCUUAGAAGAUAGCCUGAUAAAGAAAUCCCACACCUGCUUUUGGAGCUCAUGCAGCAAACGCAACGCCAUCACCAGCUCUUACAGCUCCACUCGAGGUUUCCCGCCACCGCAGAGAUGCCGUCGAGGCGCUGCCGGGAUCCGGGGCGUGGCCUCAUCCCAGCCCCAGCUGCCCACGAAGAAAGCCAGUGAGGAAAGCUAUUAUUGUAGCUCUUCAGCCUCAGUAGAACCACAAAGGAGGAUCAGGAGUGAAAAGGUUGCAGAUGCACGUUCUGGGCAGAAGCAAAGUUUGAGGAAUCGCUCACCUCCAUCCGACAAUUCCAGGCCUCGGAAGCGCAAGAUUCCUCUACUGCUGUCGUCCGGGCGAAAUGACCCACUGAUCCUGCCCCCACCACCCCAGCUAGGUUACCGAGUCGCUGCUGAAGACCUUGACUUAGAGAAGAGAGCUGCGAUGCAGUGUAUCAACAAGGUCUUGGAAGGAUGAUGAAGCUAAGAUCCAGAGCAAACUCGAGGACAGUG